AUAGCUGCAGAGGCUGCCGUUCGUCGCUUUGCACUUUGCAGAAGCAGCCGUCGCGCUGACCCAUCGCUCGAAAUUUCAAAUUUUCCUAGAAAAAAGAGGCAAACUUCUUGACGUUUUGAAGCAUGUCUAUAAUAAAUUUCAAGGAUGGUUGUUUAAAUUAUGUCAGCCAAGGAGCAGAGAAGAUACCAAUCACCCUACAGAGGAUGUACGGACAAAAGGCUUUUAGUCUUGACAUCAGUUACAAUUCUCUCAGAAGUCUCACUGGCUUGUCAGAAUUUCUCAAUCUUGAAGUUCUUGUCCUCGAUAACAAUCAGCUCGGGGACGAUAUCGAGUUUCCACCUUUACCUACACUCCACACUUUAUCCAUUAACAAUAAUCAGUUGACAGAUUUACAAAGUUUCCUUGUAAAAGUUAAAGAAAAUCUGACAACUUUGAGGCAUUUAAGUUUACUCGGAAAUCCCGCAUGCCCAAGCCCAGUUUCACACAAUGAUAAGGAUGAUGAUGAUUACCAGCGAUACCGGCAUUACACUCUUUACCAUAUGCCAAAUCUUAGUUUCUUAGAUUCCAGAUUAGUAAACAAAGAUGAAAGAUCUGAAGGGAUCAUUAGAGGUAGAUAUAUGAACAUUGCACAUCCACAGCCUGAUCAAGGAAUGGUUUCACCACAGUUAAAACGAAAAUACACGCCUUUACCAAAAUCCACUCUAACGUCAAAAGGAACAUAUGGGAAAUGGACGAAAAAAUACAGCGGAAAAAAUUCUGAAGGUAACAAAUUUAUAAAGAACAAUCAGUUGUAAAAUCUUUACAUUUACACAAAUAAGUCAACAUGAUCUCAGACUUUAAUUGAAAGUACAAUUAUAUUGUAAUUUUUUGUACAUAAUAUUAAUACAUAUGAUUUUGCACAAUGUGAGAAAAUAAAACAAAUUAAAC